AUGAUGUCAACCGGUGAGACGCCGGCGGCGCUGAACCUUCCAAACCGCCAUCCCAUCACGUUCGAGUCGGCAACGAGAAAGGACUUCAACGUCGUCAAACGUGUCGAGCUUGCCUCGGAAACGCAUCGUUUCUGCCAAGCUUUGCGUCGGCAUGAGAAUGACAUGGUGGCAGUUGCGAAGCAUCACCUCCGGCUAAGCCAUCGGGAUACGUGCGAGGUCCAAGAGGAAUGGAUCACGGGCGGAUUCAACGUCUGCAUUCCCAUCCGCGUGACUGGCAGCCUCCAUCGGAGGCUCCUGCUACGAUGCCCCCUACCUCACAUGCAUGCAGAACCGUACUAUCCGGGCACGGUUGAUGAAAACGUUCGCAGCGAGAUAGGAGCGUACAUGUGGAUGCAGGAGCACUGCCCCGACAUUCGCACCCCUCAUCUCUACGGAUUUGGGCUAUCCGGCAACCUUGAUUUUACGCAUGGAUCACGCCUCGGUUUCUUCGCGCGACUUUGGCAACGAGUCCGUCGGUUCUUCCAUCGAAUUGUCCGGUACCCUGCACCGACCUGCCUCGUGCCGAACCCUUUGAAACAUGGCCUGCCGGCGUCGUACAUUCUCAUGGAGCACGCAGGCUCGGAUGUCGGUCAAAAGCUCUCCGACACUUGGCAACAGCAUCGGCACGAUCCAGCACGCCUAGGGACGCUUGUUCGAAGCCUGGCACGGAUCACGAUUGCCUUGUCUCGCAUGCCACAGCCCAAGAUUGGCUCCUUUCGCUUCAACGAUGACGGCACCAUUUCGCUUUCGAAUCGACCUCUCACAUGCUCGACCAUGAUACUCGAGAGUGAAGGGACGCCAAGGACGAUUGAGACGACCGAAACGUUGACGUGCGUGGAGGCAUUCGUCGCCGACAUGAUUCGUCUCCACGACAAUCGACUGUUGAGCAAUCCUAGCGCAACUGACGAGGACGACGACUGCCGCAGUCAGAUGGCCAUCAGGGCCUUGCUGCGGACAAUGACGGGUCAUUUCGUGCACAAAGAGAGUCGGAAUGGCCCCUUUUGCGUCCAGCUCACAGACGUACACCCUGGCAACAUCCUAGUCGACGAGAACUGGAACGUCACGUGCAUCUUUGACCUUGGAGAGAUGUGCUCGCUGCCACGGGAGAUGGUGUCGGUGCCGUACUGGCUGACUGGCUGCUCCAUCUCUCAACUGCACGGCGAACGUCUGGCCGAGUUUGAUGUCGUUCGCCGGCAAUUUAUGCGUAUUGUUGACGAGGAGGAAGACGGAAGUUGCCUGUCGAAGACGAUGCACGAAACCUGGGAUUCACAGGCAGUCUGGUUUUGGCAUUCUCUGACCUCUGUCGAUGCCGCAUUUUGGCUUGUCGCUGACCAUCUUUGCCCAAAAUUCCAGGCUCGUCUGUCGCAGGAAGUGGAACAAAGUUUUUCGCAGUUCUGGUGUGAGAAUGCCGACCAAGCUGUCAAGGCCAAGCUGGAAGAAUACGAAAGUGCGCGUCGCGUUUUUCGUUCUGCUCUCUCCCUCUGCGCGCUGUUCCCGGACGACACCACAGCAGCGAGACUACUCAUCGUGCCGGCUACGGCAAAGGCUGCGUCGUCUACCACGGCGCUAUAUUCGCCAGAGGAAUGGCCGGUCUUUGCAUCUUUAUCGGCCAUGGAGGAUCUUUUCCAGUUAUUUGCAAUGUCAGACGAAGCUGGAAACUAG